GACGUGCAAAACUGAAUAGCGAGCUUUGGUCUACUUCUAAACGUUGCUCUAGCCUCCCCGGGUGUGAGUGGAGCGUGAUCAUUAGCUGGUGUCUCACUACUCCAGCAACACUUGUAGCAACAUCAGCAGCAACAUUACAGCAACAUCUGCAGCAACAUUACAGCAACUUGUUCCAGAAGUAACCAGCUGAGAAACACAGGAGAAUCCUUGGAUCCUUAGGCUUUCUGCUAUGGUGUAAAAGUCACCAGUUUCUUGUUUCCACUUCUAACGUGCAAUGUUUGCUUCAAGAAUGAGAAUUCAGCGGACUGAGAAUGAGAGUUGACGGAGGAUGCGCCUCACCCUCAUCCUCCUUUCCCCGCUGCAGCGUCAGGGCGGCAACUUCUCCACCAUCUCCAGAAUCAGUUCGUACCUGACCAGCCAUGGCCACCGGUGCCUCAUGGAGGACCCCAAGAUGUUCCAAACUGUGUCAGAGUUCCAGGCAUUCCUGCACCACAAGAAUGUCGACCUUGUCAUUGGGAUCCACGCCUACAGAUCUGGCUGUCUUAUCAGAGCCAGCACCGUCCCCUCUAUCCUCAUCCUCGGGGGCACAGACAUCAACGAGUUCUACAAGGACAUCAACAAACUCUCCGUCAUGACCGAGGCCGUCCACCAUGCCAGAUAUGUUGUGGUGUUCGGUCAGUCAAUGUGGUCCAGAGCAUCGUCUUUAUGGCCAGAGAUCCCAAGUAAUAAAGUCAAAGAAAUCAAACAAGCUGUGAUAACCGACCCUUCCUCCUCCUUCUGCCUGCUGCAGUACCUGAAGUCCAACAACCACAUCCCUGCCGCAACUGCAUCACUCCGUAACAUCACUGUGUUUCUCCUCGUUGGUGGCAUCAGGCCCGUCAAAGACCCAGUGUUUCUUAUUGACAAGUUUUCAGAGUGGCACAGAGAGGACAGCUCAGUGUAUUAUGUGAUCAUUGGUCCCAAGAUUGAUGCUGAAUACUUUGAAGAAACGUUCUGGCCAGCUGUGAAACAGUCCUCAGGUGUCAUCUACAUCCCCGGGCUUUCAAAAGAAGACACCCAUGCAGCUAUGAGAGACUGCUUCUCAUUGGUCAAUUCUUCUAAGAGUGAAGGAAUGUCAUUGGCUGUUCUUGAGGCGAUGGAUAUGGGAAUCCCGGUGCUGGCCCGCAGAGUGACCGGGAACCAGGAUCUUGUCCAGGACCGGAAGACCGGCCUGCUGUAUGACACGCCCCAGGAAUUUGUGCUACAGGCUCGCUCCAUCAUGUCCACUCCUGAACAGAGGGAGCAGAUUGUUGCAAGGGCGAGGGCCCAGGUGGCCCAACACCACUGCUACGAGGCGGAGGGACACGCCUACAUGUCACUGGUCAGGACAGCCUUGUCUGAGCCGUGUUGAUCUCACUCUAACAUUCACAUGUGUGACAAACCACGAGGGACCUCAUGGGUGAAAAAUCACAUAUAGACUUUUUAUUAUAUUUUAAAACUACAGCAUCUCCGGUACAGAAAAUUACAAUUCACAAGCUUCAAUUCAUAUUUAUUACAGAGAUACAUGGCAUCACACAUAGCGAUCUUCACUGACGUAAGUUGACGUCAAACGUCUUUAUGACAUCUGAGUACAAUUGUAUCCUGGCAACCAUAAGGUCCCUUUGCUCCGGCUGGGUCACGUAUACAGUUGACAAGAAACAAAAAUGAGGGGGGUGUUUACCAUUUAUGAGGCUUUUUCCUCAAAGGUUUUGUCGUGUCAAGUCCACUCAUUACCCAGUGAAACAGUCAUGAAAAUUUACAUUGAAAGACCAUGACAUCAAUAUUGUAAAAUAUUUAUUUUGCUCAUAGAUGUACAACGAGUUGACAAGUUUUGGUGAAUUGCAAUAUCUAAGCUUUAACCUGUUUACAUAUGGUCACUGCUGUUGAUGACAGAUUGGAGAUCAGGGGUUCAAAAUUGUUUGGUUGAGGAAAGAUGCAGAAGUUUGUUGAACAUUGUAACAUUAUUAACAGAUACGAGACACCCCACAAAUGCAAUAAGAUAUUUUCAGUUGAAAAAUUAUUGUGGGUUAUUUCCAAAAAUAUGUUCCAUUUAAUGACUUUUCACUGUCAGAAAGCUGAUCAGCGAGUUAAAGGGUCGUCAUACUUCGGUUUUGUUGUAGGACAUCCUAUUGCUUUAACUGACCAAUCAGACUGGAGAGGCAGUGUGCAGGUAUUAGCGUGACUUGAUGGUGAACACAUUGUACGUGAUGUAACUGUCUCAACUAUGAAAUCCAGUCAGCGUAGAUCGCUGUUACAGACCGUUGUCAUGUAACUGGAAUAUUGGUGAGUGUGGCGUUAAACAACAAACAAACAAACUUUGUGGAUGCAAGAUGCUCAAGGGAAACACAGGUACCAUGUAGCUUUACAGAUCAGAAAACCUGAGAUUUUUUCAAUUGUAUUUGUACUGUUACGUUUUCAGUAUGUAUAAAUAUAUUUUUCAAUGUUAUAAAAAUAUAUUUUUUCCGAUAGACAUGUUACAAUCUGAUCUAUGUGUGGUAUUGUUUAAGAAGAUAUUGUACAUUCACAAGACAACUAGAGAAUCCUUGCCAACACUGACCCAGCACCCUCUGUGUCAUAGUGUGAUAGUUGUUGGAUCUUUACAGUGAUAUGGUCUUGACCGACGAGACUAGAAUCUUAACUUUACAAAGAAAGUGUUAUCUCAAAUUUUACACUUGUUACAUUUGACCACUUUCUAAAUGACAUUGUGUGUGCAUAGGAUUGGGGGGUCAGGCUCGCUGACCGGGCUACCUGUCAUUGGAUCCAUCUUGCGUAGAACUAUGCUCAUGAUGUCAAUCACUGGUUUGUCUGGUCCAGGCUCAGAUGAUUACAGACCGAUGUCAUGUAGCUGGAAUGUUGCUGAGUGUGGCUGAAAACAACAAACAAACAAACAAACGAUGAUAAGGUUCAUCACAUGAGUUCAGGGUAGCCUAUUUUACUGUUGUGUCCAGGGUUAGUUUACAUUAUCACUUACACAGUUUAUGUCCAUCUCGUGCUGUGGGCAAUGUAUAAUGACAGAUGUGACCUAUAAAAAUGAUUGUCAAGAGCCAGCAAAUAAACUUAAUUCAAUAAACGUUCUGGGGUAUGUCUCAUAACUAAAGGAAUACAAUUUUUUAUCCAACAUCAAACUUUUGACCUAACCCCUCAAUGGUUUUCAUUACGAUGAUUAUGGUACGUGGAUUAAGUGGAAAACAAUCAAAGUCUGUAGUUACCGCUACACAUAGAUCACAUCCCAUUACUGGCCACGUGAGAACAACCUUUCAUCCGUCCAAUCAGAGCGUCGCAUACCAGAUCGAGAAACUGGUAGUCUAAAUGUGUUUUCUGAUCUUGCAACCUUGAAAAGGUUAACAUGGGGUAUUCCGGACGGCAAAAUCAUCGCCUAAAUCUCGCUUCAAUAGCAUAAACAUUUCAAAUGGAAGAGUCUUCCCAUUGCCUGUGGCAGGCACUGCAUACAACCUAGGCCGUCAGUAAGACAUUGCCCGUGGCAGGCACUGCAUACAAUCUAGGCCGUGGCAGGCACUGCAUACAAUCUAGGCCGUCAGUAUGAGAUUGCCCGUGGCAGGCACUGCCAUACAAUCUAGGCCGUCAGUAUGACAUUGCCCGUGGCAGGCACUGCAUACAACCUAGGCCGUCAGUAUGACAUUGCCCGUGGCAGGCACUGCAUACAAUCUAGGCUGUCAGUAAGACAUUGCCCGUGGCAGGCACUGCCAUACAAUCUAGGCCGUCAGUAUGACAUUGCCCGUGGCAGGCACUGCAUACAACCUAGGCCGUCAGUAUGACAUUGCCCGUGGCAGGCACUGCAUACAAUCUAGGCCGUCAGUAAGACAUUGCCCGUGGCAGGCACUGCAUACAAUCUAGGCCGUCAGUAAGACAUUGCCCGUGGCAGGCACUGGUACAAUCUAGGCCGUCAGUAAGACAUUGCCCGUGGCAGGCACUGGUACAAUCUAGGCCGUCAGUAUGACAUUGCCCGUGGCAGGCACUGCAUACAAUCUAGGCCGUCAGUAAGACAUUGCCCGUGGCAGGCACUGGUACAAUCUAGGCCGUCAGUAUGACAUUGCCCGUGGCAGGCACUGCAUACAAUCUAGGCCGUCAGUAAGACAUUGCCCGUGGCAGGCACUGGUACAAUCUAGGCCGUCAGUAAGACAUUGCCCGUGGCAGGCACUGCAUACAAUCUAGGCCGUCAGUAAGACAUUGCCCGUGGCAGGCACUGGUACAAUCUAGGCCGUCAGUAAGACAUUGCCCGUGGCAGGCACUGGUACAAUCUAGGCCGUCAGUAAGACAUUGCCCGUGGCAGGCACUGGUACAAUCUAGGCCGUCAGUAUGACAUUGCCCGUGGCAGGCACUGGUACAAUCUAGGCCGUGGCAGGCACUGGUACAAUCUAGGCCGUGGCAGGCACUGGUACAAUCUAGGCCGUCGGUAAGACAUUGCCCGUGGCAGGCACUGGUACAAUCUAGGCCGUCAGUAAGACAUUGCCCGUGGCAGGCACUGGUACAAUCUAGG